AUGCUGCCCUUGUGGAUCACUCGCCCACUCAAAUCAUGGCGAGCUUGGAAGGUUUUGCUACGCUCAUGGAUAGCGGUCUUUGCGGCUUUCGUGAUUUUGCUCCCAAAUGCGUCUCUGAGAACGCUGGGGACCGCGUCUUUCUUUUCGCUCAUAACCAGCUUGUUCUUGCCGCCUUACUUUCCAGUGCAACUCACUCUUUUCCUUUUAUCGACCCUCAUGAUGGGUCUAACCUUUGGUUGGGGACUAGGCGUUGCGGCUAUGCGUGCAGCAAAUGCAGUUCGUGACCAAGCGCAUAUACAAGCUGUCGGAGCACAAAUCCACGCGAGCAUCCAAUCGAACCCGGUUUUUCAAGCCAACCCGGCUCUGGCAACUACGACCGCCAUCUUCAAUGGAUGGUUUCUUGAAGUUCGUGCGAGUGUCAUUUAUGGCGUAUUCCUGGCUAUUGGCGCGUUCAUAUUCGGCGCCAUCCGCGCAUACGCACCAAAACUUCUGUUUAUGAGCAUAUUCGGAACCAUUGCCAUCGAUAUAUUCUGUUCCGUUGGCCCUCUAUUCCCCACAAAACGAUACACCAUACUCAACUCAACCGCCAUUUCGAUCUCUUCUUACAUGGCCAUCGCACUCGUGACAACUUUACUGGUCUUCCCCGAAACUAUGAGUCAUCUCGUUAUGGACCAGUUCAGCGAACAACUCACUCGUGUCAAACAACUUCUCGACACUCAAGAUGGCGUUCUUACUGGCGAAAAGAAUGAUAACGCCAAGCAUGUAGAGGAGUUCAAAGCAUUGCGUACUGUUAUUGUGUCUACCCAACAGCAGAUUGGUGCGACAUCGGGAUUCUUGUCUCUGGAAUUCAGCUGGGGACAAUGGAGUGGCGAUGACGUUCGAAGUCUCGAAGACCCCAUGGUUGCACUCAUUAUACGUUCUGGCACCUUGUUAAAUUUUGAUCGACUCGCGGGUCUCGCAGCACCCACCCCAUCCUCGUCGCUCCAAUCAAUUUCUGCGUCCACUGUGUCUCCAGACGCGCACUGGCACGAAACAUCGUUGCUUCAUGGAAUUCACAUCAAACAAACCGCUUUAGAGGCUGAAUACGGUGUUCUUCUUCAAGAUGUCCUUCCACUUCUCGAGGAAGCGACCCGAGAGCUUCGAGGUGUAGUUGGGGAUGCGAUUACGGCUCUCAGUGGUGUGAUCGAUAAUGUCAACCGAACAAGAUGGCAAAGAGGCGGCUCAAAAGACGCCGAGGCCGCUUUGGAUGCCGCUGGCUCCCGUCUUGACAAAGCCAUCCGUGCCUUUCAUGAAACUGGUCGUCUUGGUAUCAUUGCACCAUUUUUACCGCUGCUGGACAAGUAUAUGCGACAGCAAAGCUCAAACACUGCCGCUGGCUAUCAGAUUCCUCUUCGCUCUCUCUACAUCGCCUAUGUCUUCGCUGCCAGUCUAUUGGGUGUCGCAGAAUCCGUUCAAAUUCUCGUUGGGAACGUACAGAGCUUAUGCAACAAACGUGCGCGGCGACGCCUUUGGGCACCCACACAGCUCCGAAGCCUCUGGCAAGUUGUUGUUGCACGAGGUGACGAAGGAGAUGGCGCUUUCGGUGAAGACACUAGCCCACAACGAGCUGGAAACGAUAGUGACAUUACACCCGAGGAAAAAGUUUAUCGCAGAGACCCCGAUAGUCGUCCACCUACCAAUGCGUUACAGAAGGUCAUGCACAUCCUUCACCAUGCUUACCUGUGGACCCAUACCGCGGAGGCCAUUUUCAUCUUCAAAUAUGUUAUUGUCUCUCUUGGUCUAUGGCUUCCCUCUGUUAUUAGAAGCAGUGCCCGCUUCUACUAUGAUGAGAAAGGCAUCUGGGCUCUCAUUAUGGCGCAAACCACACUGAAUAUCUAUGCGGCUGACCAAAUUUUCAACUAUGUCACCCGCCUUGUCGGCACCUUUGUCGGACUCCUGAUUGGAUUGGUGGCUUGGUAUGCCGGUGAUGGGCACGGAAUCGGAAAUUAUUACGGUGCAGCAGCUGCCUACGGCGUCUGUGUCUUUCCACUCGUAUUUUUCCGUGUUUUCGGUCCCGAAAAAUAUCUCGCUGGAACGGUCAUGUGUUGUGCGACAUUUGCCCUCAUUGUUGGCUACUCUUGGAUUGACGGUCAUGCUGUCCAAUUCGCCACACCAGGUAUCGGAUGGACCGUGGCUUGGAAACGUUGGGCGCUCGUUGUUGUUGGUUCAGCCGCAUCGUCGAUUGUGAUGAUGUUUCCGCCUGUAUCUGGACGAAAGGCUGUGCGAACACGAAAUGCGGGUUCUAUUGCCUCUUUGGCUAGCCUCUAUAGCUUUGUUGUCUCCGCGUGGAUCAGUCUCAAUCGGACAGAGGGCGAAGACUGCAAAACCGUUCAACCCGUCAAGCAGGCGUGGGUUGCAAGUUUCCGGAAGCGACUGCUGGCUGUAGCAGUUGAACUGCAGACCGUUCGUGAGCUGACCGGACUUGCGCGCUGGGAAGGAAGCAUCCGUGGCAAAUGGCCCGCGGAACAGUAUGAGAAAUUAGUCAAUGUCCAACUUGACAUGCUGACUAUUCUUGCGCAGCUUGGAGUUUCUUUAACACAGCUUGAUCCCGAAUGGCAACAAGAUUUCUUGCACAGCUCUAAAGUUUUGAAUCCAAACUUUAUCGCUGACGUCAUGGCACUUUUUUCGCUCAUCUCACAAUCUUUGCGCACAAAAGACCCUAUGCAUCAGGUCCUGCCAACGAGCCUUCUGGACCGCCUAUUCUAUCAUGACAGUCACCACGCCAAUGUCCUGUCUCCAAACCUCGACAGCGCCAAACUCUCUGUUCUCGGUGCUGUCGAACGGGUCAAAUCGGUUGGCUACAUCCACUACGCUUCCAGUGUCGUCUCCGUAUACCAACUAAUUCGAUGCGUUGACGAGCUGCAUGCGUUGACACGAGAACUCUGCGGCGAGGUCCCUUUAGCCGGGUUCCAAUCAUGGCGAGAGCAAUACGAGGCUCAUCAUACUCAGGCUUAG